UCCUUUUUCCUUUUUUUACAAGCCUCUGCUGCUGCAAUCAUGGCGGCGGUGGUACAGGAGCAGGUACCGGACCCGAAACCCGACGAGCUGGACAGCGUCCUAAAUGGCGAGGUAGAGGAGAAAGAAGGCGCCGACCCGGCCGGAGAGACAACGAAAAAGAAGAAGAAAAAGAAGAAGAAGAGCAAGUCUGCAAACACGGUUGCGGAGCCCGCGGUGGAUGAGGUGGCUGGACUGACCAAACAACUGGAUAAACAGGCCGUUGAGGACAAGGAGGAGGACGGGGAGGACGAUGGAGACGAUGGAGAUGCAGGGGGCAAGAAAAAGAAGAAGAAGAAGAAGAAGAAAGGAGCCAAAACACAGACUGACCCACCAUCGGUGCCUAUCUUUGACCUGUACCCCAGUGGAGUGUUCCCCGUGGGACAGGAGUGUGAAUACCCCCUCGCUCAGGACGGUCGCAGCGCCGCGUGGCGUACGACCAGCGAGGAGAAGCGUGUGAUGGACAAGGCCAACGAGGAGGUGUGGAACGACUUCCGGCAGGCGGCCGAGGCCCACAGGCAGGUCCGGCAGCACGUCCGCAGCUUCAUCAAGCCCGGCCUCACCAUGAUCGAGAUCUGCCAGCGCCUGGAGGACUGCUCCAGGAAGCUGAUCAACGAGAGCGGGCUGAACGCGGGCCUGGCCUUCCCCACCGGCUGCUCCCUGAACCACUGCGCCGCCCACUACACCCCCAACGCCGGGGACCCCACCGUGCUGCAGUACGACGACGUGUGCAAGAUCGACUUCGGCACACACAUCAACGGGCGCAUCAUUGACUGUGCCUUCACUGUCACCUUCAACCCAAAGUAUGACAAGUUACUGGAGGCCGUGAAAGACGCCACCAAUACAGGCAUUAAGGCCGCCGGGAUCGACGUUCGUCUUUGUGACAUCGGAGAGUCGAUCCAGGAAGUGAUGGAGUCCUACGAGGUGGAGCUGGACGGGAAGACCUACCAGGUUAAGCCAAUCAGAAACCUGAACGGCCACUCGAUCGGCCAGUACAGGAUACACGCCGGCAAGACCGUGCCCAUCGUCAAGGGAGGAGAGGCCACGAGAAUGGAGGAAGGAGAGGUUUAUGCCAUUGAGACGUUUGGCAGCACCGGGAAGGGCAUGGUCCACGACGACAUGGAGUGCUCUCACUACAUGAAGAACUUUGAUGUGGGCCACGUCCCCAUCAGGCUGCCCCGGGCGAAGCACCUUCUCAACGUGGUCAACGAACACUUUGGCACGCUGGCCUUCUGCCGGCGCUGGCUGGACCGCCUUGGCGAGAGCAAGUACCUGAUGGCGCUGAAGAACCUGUGCGACCUGGGCAUCAUCGACCCCUACCCCCCGCUGUGCGACUCAAAGGGCUGCUACACAGCGCAGUUCGAGCACACCAUUCUGCUGAGACCCACCUGCAAGGAGGUGGUGAGCCGAGGCGACGACUACUGAGUGUCUCUCGGCACCGGACCUCCUCCACUAAACUGCACCCUACCCCUACCGUAACCCCUUCCUCUCCCCCAGCACCUCGCGUUCCACUUUACUCCCCUUCAACCAGAGAAUGAACCCCCGAUACAAUCUUGGCAUGCGCUCCGAAACCAGGAAAGAAAACACAAACGCAGGACGCCGUAAUCUGCUCGGUCUUUUGUCGACAGCAGCUGCGGCCGUGAUGUGUGGAUGCUACUGUGAACCAACUGAAGCAGAAUGCUAUUAUGUUUUCAUAAGCGUCAAUAUUAAAUCUAGCUUGCAGGAGGGAACUUUCUUUUGUUCUCGCUGAUGGCUGAAAUUGGUCCGUUUAUUCAGGGUGUCGGCCACGGCUUAUCCAGACAUUUAAAUAAAGGAAGCAUUUGGCUUCCCCGACACACUGGUGUGUGUGUCCCUACAAUCUCUUGCAGACCUCAUUUUACACAUUAAGAAAAGGUUAACUGUCAAACAGUUCAAUAUAUUUAAGCUAAUGCUACAUUGAUUGUAAACACAGUAUUGGAACAGCUUGUGCAAGGAAGGAAAACCCCAUUUAACUAUUCCACCUGAUUCUUUUUUGCUUAAGCAUUACAUAAGUUACCCGUGCUAGCGACAGCCAAAUACCUAGUUCACGUUCAGGCAGUGUUCGUACGGCCGGACCCCCGUUCAAGGUGCCAUCUUUCUAUACAGACAACGCUUCAUCAUGGCUGUAUGUUUAGCCUCAACUCUGAGGGAGUGGACUAUGCACAAGCUCUCCCCUCCCCACUCCAGUCACCGUUUAUUUUGAAAUAGCUGCCGCCACUGUAUGUUGCCAGUAUGUUAUGCUUCAUUACAAAGUUCAAUGAAAACAGAUUUUGUAAGAUUAAAAUGUUGCUCUCA